CUAUCAUCAACAUCAGAAAGCCUUCAUUACUCUCUUAAGCACUUCUUCCAUUGCUCCUGCGUAAUUGGACUCGUUCUUCGACUUUGCGAUCGCAUCUUCGAGCUUCAAACAUCAAAUCGACUCCCUUGAACCGACCGCUAUCCGUUACGUCACCGGUCUAUCUUCACUUCUUUACGACUCAGAAAAUCAACUGUCUUUUGGCUUUUCGAAUCUCCAAACGCCACUAUCAAAAUGGUCAACCCUGCUUCCACCUGCUGCAAGACCUCCGGUGACGGUAGCUGCGUCUGCGCCGCGCAGGCCAAGUGCUCCUGUGGAAAGGAGAACGCCCUCCACUGCACCUGCAACAAGGCCUCGACUGAGAACACCAUCUCCGGCCCUCGGUGCUCUUGCAGAGCCCGCCCUGCUGGCCAAUGCACCUGUGAGCGUGCCACCACUGAGAACAACCCCGUUUCGGGCGAUGCUUGCCCCUGCGGACAGCGCGCUUCCACUUCAUGCACUUGCGAAAAGGCCGCUGCUGUGGACGCUGCCGUAGAGAGCAAUGAGACUGACUUCACCACCCGUGCUUGAUCUUCUCACUGCGUGCGGAUAUGAUCUCGGGUUCUGUUUUUGCUUCACGGUCUUUUUUUGUCUUAGCAUGUACUGUUUCUGGACGGGCGGUAUGGAGUUUCUCACGGACUUCGAUUGUGUUGUUUGAUUUAUGAGGGGCGGCAGUAGCCUGGGACUUUUCUCGAGAAUGAGAUUGCAUCACCAAUAAUAUUAAUUUAGCCAGAGCCAUUUAACCUUGACUGUUG